UCUUCCACCAUGACCAAUAACAGCAGCUCCUCUGGCGUCUGGGAGAACUCUGACUGGUCAGAGUCAGCCCAGUGCCCGCCCUCGGUGAGUGGAGCCACCUUCCUCAUCGUGGCCUACAGCACGGUGAUCGCAGUGGGGUUGCUAGGCAACGUGGGCCUGGUGUUCAUCAUUGGGCGGCAGAAGGAACUGCAUAAUGUCACCAACAUUCUAAUCGCCAACCUGUCCUGCUCCGACAUCUUGAUGUGUGUGGUGUGUCUACCCGUCACCGUCAUCUACACUCUGAUGGACCGCUGGGUACUGGGGGAGGCACUCUGCAAGGUCACUCCGUUUGUACAGUGUGUGUCAGUGACGGUGUCUAUAUUCUCCCUGGUGUUGAUUGCGUUGGAGCGCCAUCAGUUGAUCCUGCACCCUACCGGCUGGUCCCCAGCAGCAGGCCACUCCUACCUGGCCGUAGGACUCACCUGGUUGGUCGCCUGCUUCAUAUCACUCCCCUUCCUGUCCUACAACAUUCUGACCGACAACCCCUUCCAGAACCUCACCCUGCCCGCCAACCCCUUCAGAGACCAUGUGAUCUGUUUGGAGAAAUGGCCGACUGAAAGACACCGUCUGGCCUACACCACCUCCCUGUUGCUGUUCCAGUACUGCCUCCCUCUGCUACUGGUGCUGCUCUGCUACCUCCGCAUAUUCCUACGCCUACGUCGACGCAGGGACGUGGUGGAGCGGAGCCGGAAGGCCCGAGGAGCCCAGAGGAUCAAUGCUAUGCUGGCGGCCAUCGUUGCUGCCUUCGCCCUCUGCUGGCUACCGCUUAACGUGUUCAACACGAUAUUUGACUGGGACCACCAGGCGCUGCCCGCCUGCCAGCAUGAUGCUGUGUUCUCCGCCUGCCACCUCACCGCCAUGGCCUCCACCUGUGUCAACCCUGUGGUGUACGGUUUCCUGAACAGUAACUUCCAGAAGGAGUUGAAGACCCAGCUGCAGCGCUGCCACUGUGGCUUGGGGGCGCCAGAGAGCUACGAGAAUUUCCCGCUCUCCACCGUCGGCAGCGAGGGGAACACCAAGAUGUCGAUGCUGAACCGGGCAGGGUCGAUGAGCACCGCGCCGCCGCCACGGUCCGAGCCCAGUGUUAUCAUUUGCAGCUAACGGCUAGCCGACAGAGUUAGUGGCUAAUGCUAAUGGUUAAGAGCUAAUGGACAUAAUGUAGCAUGUACAGCUGUCAGACAGGGUGUAAACAACAAGGGUAAAGUUCAUAUCAAGCAAGCAACUAACCGACAGAAUGCCCCAAUGGACAGAAAUAACAGAGAGCAGCUAAUGCUAAUGGAGAGAGAGAGAGAAAUUGGAACUAAGCACCUGGACUGACAGUCAAAGACAGAGCUGGUUGGCCUCAGUCUCCAUGGGGAUCGGUCGAUUUCUGAAUUCCUACAAAGCAUUGCAGGUCCUGCAGAGUAUACAGAAUGCACUUCACUAAAAGCAAACAAACAGAUCCAUACAGCUAAUCGACAGAGCAGCUCAUGGACAGAUUGCACACAUGCAGUUCCACUAGGUAGCAAACAGCUGGAGAGACUGCGACAGAGAGACUGACAGACCCAGGGACGCGUGGGCUCUGUUUCCAUGGUGAUGAUAUAUUUCUGAGCUAAUUCAGUUUGUCCCCAGAAAAACUGUCAUCACCAGAGUUUGACAUCAUCCUGGGGUGUUAAGCUGUUGUCAAGCCAGUCAGGCAGAUGGACAGACUGUCAGUCAGUCAGACAGUCAAUUCUGAAC